AUGAGGCGUUCGACUGGAGAGACUCGUCUGUCACGCAACUUUUUUCUCGCUCUUUUCUCGCUGAAAAUUUCGGUUGUCGCUGUCUUGUUCGUGUCUUCACUCGUCUUCGUUGCCGGUCUCACAUGGGAAGAUGACAACGAACUCGCCGGCGACGUCGCCAGCGACUCGGACAACAGUUCGGAGUCCGAAUUGGGAGACGUCAAGUUGGCGGGCGCAGGCCAGCAGCAGUUGUUGAAUCAGCUGAAAAAUGAGCUCGGCAGUGACUACGCAGACGCCGAUGUGAGUAUGCUCCAGACUGACCAUGGAAUUCACGGCGAGGAAGCGGGUGUUUUGCGAAAGGCGGUUCCGGGAAUGGAAGACGCGGACGAAGAAGGCAGUGAGAACGCGUCAGAGGAGGAAGACGAUUCCGACGCGACGAACGAAGAUCAGGAAGAUGAGAUGUCGUUCAUUGAGAACGGCAGCGCCGAUGACAAAGACAACUCGGAAGAGGCUGACAGUGAACAGGAAGGUGACGAGGAUGAGGCUUCCUUCAUGGAACAAGAGGAAGACGACGACGUGAAUGAUUCGGAAGACGCGGGCUCUUUCCACGAAGACGAUGACUCCGAAGAAGAAAGAUACGUCGAUCCGUACGCCUCGGAUGCACUUUCUUACCUUCAGCAGGGUGAUGGCUCUAGCGCCCAAGGCAGGCUGGCCGAGGAGGAGGACGCCCCGGCGUCUUUUGUCCAGAUCGACGGCGGAGAGAGACAGAUUAGGGCUCACGUGCACCUUGGCAACCACGUCGCCCGUGACAGGCUCGCGCAUGCGUUCAACCAGGACCACGUCAGACUUUUGGACCAGACCCCCGUCGAAGAGGAACUCCUCAGCGAGGCUGCUCCGGGCGGAGGCGACAAUGCCGUCGUCUCCCCCAACGAAGAUGGGCCUGCGGAGGUGGAAAGCAACAUGUCGGAGGGCGAAGAAGGAUCUGCUUCGGCGCCAGUGGAACAAGCUAGCGCCCAAGAAGCGGAAUCUUCGGCCGCCGAAGAGGCGCGUUCGCUCGAUGCAGAACCGCGAAUGAUGGCAGCUGAGCCGGUGAAACAGCCACAAGGCGCGUUGCCUGCUGAAGGGAUGGAGCCUGUCGGAAGUCAAGCAGCCGAAGCUCGCGAUGUGGUGGAACCCGUUGCAAAGGCCUUGGAACCAGAAGCCCUCGAAGCACCCCCCGCCGUGGUCCCGCCUGCGGAGACUGAAGAGGGGACAGCCGCCCAACUUGUGGAGGAAAUGAGCAAGCAGGAUCAAGCUAUGCAAGAGGCUCAGCCUCAAGAAGUUCUCAAACGGCAUACCUGGCAAGACAUGGAGAGAACACAGGACCUCCGGAAAAACGACGUCGCAGUGACAGUAUCCGGCAGCCAAGCCGUAACCGCUGCGUCGGCCGUCGCUCUUGCUGGCCUGUUGGUGGGGGGACAGCUUCUGUUCAGCGUGGGAAUGUGCUGA